CUGAAGGUUCCCAGGUUCCAUUCUGGUCAAGGACACGUACCUGGUUGCAGGCUCCAUCCCCAGCCCCAGGUCAGGGUGACUCGGCAGCCUGGAAUACUCAGCCUUGGAGGCUGGUCACUGUGACACAGCUGAGCAGAGGCAGACUGAGAAUUGACCUGAGGGCCAAUAGGCCCAUGACUUUCAAGAAUCGAUUAUUCUUUUGAGUGAAAUGAUAGAGGAUGGACUCAGGCAAGUUCUGGAGGAGAUGAAAGCUUUAUAUGAACAAAACCAGUCUGAUGUGAAUGAAGCGAAGUCAGGUGGACGAAGUGAUUUGAUACCAACCAUCAAAUUUCGACACUGUUCUUUGCUAAGAAAUCGACGCUGCACUGUAGCAUACUUGUAUGACCGAUUGCUUCGGAUUAGAGCACUCAGGUGGGAAUACGGCAGUGUCCUGCCAAAUAUUUUGCGAUUUCACAUGUCUGCUGAAGAAGUAGAAUGGUUCAAUCAUUAUAAAAAGUCUCUUGCUACUUAUAUGAGGUCAUUGGGAGGAGAUGAAGGUUUAGAUAUUACACAGGAUAUGAAACCUCCCAAAAGUUUAUAUAUUGAAGUGCGAUGUCUAAAGGACUAUGGAGAAUUUGAAGUUGAUGAUGGUACUUCAGUCCUAUUAAAAAAAAAUAGCCAGCACUUUCUCCCUCGAUGGAAGUGUGAGCCGCUGAUUAGACAAGGUGUCCUGGAGCACGUCCUGUGGUGACUCAUUCUGGGGUACGAGGCUGCACCCUGCACAGCACCUACACACGUCCUUCUCCUCCCCUAUGCCCGCCCGUGUGGUCUCUGGUUUUAAAGGUUACAGACACUCUUCAAUAUGACCAGGAAUACUCCGCUGAGAAUGGUUUUCUAUUGUAUAGGAUUCUUUUUUGUAAUCUGCAUCUAUAAUUAUAACAUUCCUACA